AACCAACAUGGCGGAGCAAGUCACACUUGUAAACAAGCAUAUUUAAUUUGGAGUUUACGUGAUUGUAGGUGGAAAUGUUGUCUUUUAAUUCUCGGAAAUGAUCAGAGUUUUUUUUAUAAAUUAGGUUCAAUUUUCCUGUAGGGAUUUGAAUGCAAGUGGGUCCUGUUUUGCGAGUUUGUUUGUGGACCCUUUAGCAGGUCGAUAGCUUUAUAUUUGGAGUAUUCCUCAACGUUAAUUUUAGUCGAGUCCUCGAAUAGUUUGUUUUAACAAGCCAUGGAAAAGGUAAGUCGCAUUUUUUGACUUGACUGUUGACUCUUACAGUCAGAUAAUGUAGCCUGUAUUUGUUGUGCAGAAUCUCGAACCAAAAUCAUGGUGCCAAAAUAAAACACAUUUUAAAAAUUCAUCGAGACACUGUAACUUGCCCAGUAAAGGCCAGCCAGCACAGCGAUUCUUUAAGUUUAUUUACUCCCACCAUAAUCAUGUAUUUUCUUUUGUGUUGUUUUCACCUGUUUAUUAGUUAUGAUGUUACAACUUGUUUGUUUUCACCCAGGCAGCAGAGGCUUUCUUUCACUUGCUCAAUUUUUUGUUCAGUAUGCAAUGCAUGUUGCUAGUAAGCCGGUCGUUUCGAUACUAUUCUUUUCGAUGUGAAACAUCAUUGCCAGUUGUCUAUUUAUCUAAUUUUAGCUUGUUAGGUAAUAACUUUGAUAUAAUUACAUUCAUCAGUUCAGUUUGAGUUUAUUUUCUUGACUUUUCCUGUAGGUGACCACCUCACAUUAGCGACCACUUUGUGGAAUGAGAAUAAGAAUGUUUAUUGUAAUGUACCCACUCUGUUUUGUAGUUUAAAGCACUUUGGACCAAGGGUGACAAGGCUUUUGAAAAUGAGGAGUACCUUCAAGCCAUCAGUUUUUACUCUGAUGCUUUGCUUCUUUCACCCAAAGAUGAAGAUGUCCUUGGCUGUCGGUCAGCAGUCUAUGCCAAGUUAGGCAUGUUUAAUGACUCUAAGAAAGAUGCUGAAAGCCUCAUAAGCGUCAUUCCGCAAAAACCAAAAGUAAGUGCUUUUUGUUAAGUUAUUAUUGGCUCCAGGUUUAGGGUACUAUAUUAUAGCAGCUAUAUCCUAUUGUAAGUGAAGACUCUGGUCAUGCAAACUGUUCAGAGAAUAAGAACAUUAUCUGGUGAUAAAAGAACUUUCAUGUGGGAUAUUUUUAUUUCAAAACAACUUUCUUUGAGUUGCUGUUUUUCUAUUCAUACAUUGUAAGCAAUCUAUAGAAUGAUAAAAAAGAUCGUGACCUACAACAAUGGUCCAACAUGUACAUGUACAACAUAUUGUCACAACUUGUUAUUUCACACAUUUUUGAUGAUCUAUAUGAUUAUAUUUCUACAACAUGUUGUCUCAACUCGUUGCUGUUCUCAGUAUAAGUAAAAGAAUCUUUCUUUUCUUUGCGUUGUUUAAUUUUUUCCCCCUGUACCAACAGUCAUUGAUUAUAACUACAGUAAAUUCGAAAAUAGUUCUCGAUAAUAUCAAACCUCAAAGCUCUUAAUAAAAGACACCAAAGACAAAUUACUGCGAGUCUGCUUUUGAAAAUCAUAGUCAUUUAUGUAAAUUGUGGUUCCUUCUAAAAAUAAAUUUUAUAUGGUGUCAGCAACUUACAGUCCUUCUAUACCUGUCUUGCCAAGAGUAGAUGUUGCUUUAUUUUAAUAUGUGCUGUUUCAGUUAGUCCAAAGAGUUGUUAUUUGAAUGCAUUUGGUAAACAGGGACACUUUUUGAGAGCUGCAGCACUUGAAAAUCUGGGAAACUAUCGUGAAUGUUUAAGGUCAUAUCUGAAAGCCUAUGAACUGGACACAGCCCACCCCACAGAGCUUUUGCUGAGGAUUAUCCAAGCUGUUGGAUGCAUCUGUCAAAUGUCAGAAAUAGAGGAGCUAUCUUUGGCACAUGAAGGUGAGAUUAACAUUGCACUCAUGAGUUUAUUUCUGUGUUAAAGUUUAAUUCUAGAAUUGCCUGAGGUACCCAGUAACACCAUCAGUCCAAUAGGUAUUUUUCAGAGAUGAGUGGUGUUGGAUGUGGAGGAGGGGCUGAUGGGGUUCUGGUUGAGCUGUGUCCAGGCCCCCACCUUAUUUCUUGGCCAAGAUGAAGCCUGCAUGGCCGAGAAAAUGUAUUUUUAGAGGCUAGCCUCCCCCUUAUGUUAGGGCCUGGAUGAGCUCCUCCUACCACCAACUUACUUGACGAUCUAAAUCUGCCCCUGAUACAUUAUCAGAUCCUUCUCCCCAAGCACAAAACAGAGCUAGAAAUCAUCGUUGUCCAAACAUUUUAAAAAUGUUCGGUUAUUUCCUGUUUUCAUAGUUUAUAAUUGUUUUUUUGAGAGUGAGGGGUCAUAAGCCUCAUGCCAAACCCCCAAUCCGGAGUGCCGGAGAUCAUCUUCAGUCUGACCUCUCAUCCUUGAUCAAUCCAGCAGGGUUAGAACCACUGGGGUUAAAGCCCCCACUAGUGUAGUUCUCGUGAUUUAUAAGAGAUGCAAAUGUCAUCAUCACGGCAAGGUGACAAGGUGCUCAUAGUCAAGUAGGUUAGGUUUAUUUUUAGUCUGUAUGCAAUGAAGGUAUUGUCUGGGAGUAUGAAGUGACUAGAUUAUCUUGAAUCAUGUCAUUAGCAAGUCAAAGAGGGGUAAAGAAUUUAGUGAAGCAGGUGGGCAAGGAAACACCUUGCUCUUUCCUCAAGUCAUUUUUUCAGCCUUAAGGUCCCUGCUAUUUAUCAGAAUUUCUAUUCCCGCUAAUCUUCCUCUACUUAAAGAAUCAAACAUGUGCUUGCUUUCUGAGAAAUACAUCUGCACUGCUGAUGUAGUAUGUGUCAAAUAUGAAAUCUUUUGCUGUGAUCCCAUGCAUGGCCUAUUUGGCAGUAUGUACACUUGGCAAGUUUUUUUUUCUUUUCAAACUCUUAACUGCUUAGUCUCUGUUGAUUGUAAAUUUCAGAUGUCGAUUCUCAUAAAUUUGAGAGGUUUGUACAAGUUGGCAAAAGGCUUUACGAAACUGGUAAUUACAAAAUCUGCAUUGACGUCAUCUCCACUGCAUUAAAAGCGCAUUAUGGAAAAGAUAUGGACCAACUGAUGUACUCUGAAGCAAGUGCGGACAACCUGCGCAAAAGAUCAACGUUAGAACAGGUAACAGAUGAACCUGCUUCGAGUCGCCAUCAUGUUGCUGAUGAACUACAAUCAUCCGGGCUUCCUGAUCCUGUGACUGGGUUUUCAUCCAUCUAUUAUGCAACUGGAGACCAUAGCAAUGAUGAAAAUAUAAAGGGUGAUAUCCAGGACGGGCACAAAUCAUCGCAGGAUAAAAGGACAGUGAUGAUGUCUCUUCUUUUCAUCAGUGAAUCUUACUACUCGUUGUUUCAGUAUAGAGAAGCUUUGUCUGUUGCUAGACGAUGUCUUUCUAUGGCAUUAGACCUAAAGGACAAAGAAUAUGAGGUUAAGUGCUAUGUAAAACUAGCCAAUGUCUAUCAUAGGCUUGCACAGUAUACCCAAGCUGUUUCUUACAAUGGAAAGCUGUUAGCAGUUGGAAGGGAUCUUCAAAAUAACGACGAAAGUAUGGAAGAGCAUCUUGAUUACUGGAACAGUGAUCUUGAGCGGAGAGCAGUUUGGAACUUGUGUGCAGCUUAUAAACUCAUGGGAAACUACGAGAAAGCUUUAGAACAUGCUCAAGAGUACAUGGAGGUCGUGAAAUUCAUUGACCAAGAGAAUCUUACUACAGCAUAUUCAAAUUUAGGAGAACUAGAGCUCUUACAAGGCAACUAUGAAAAGUCAUUGGAAUGUCAUAAAACUGAGCUGCAACUGUGCAAGAAGUUUGACGAUCGCCAAGGGGCAGCCUACGCUUAUGGUAAUAUAGGCACAGUUUAUGCCUACAUGGGAAACUUUAAAUCAGCUGCCAUUAAUCACGAACAACAUCUAAAGCUCGCACAGCGUUUGAACGAUAAAGUCUCAGAACUUAUAGCAGUGAGAAACUUUGGGUGUCUGCAUAAACUGAAGGGAGAGUUCACCAAAGCUGUUGGUUAUUUUGAACAGCAUCUUCAACUGGUGAAGGUCAACAAGCUGGAUGAGCUACUGUGUAAAGCGUAUAGCCUUCUUAGCGCGUGUUACAGAGAACUGCGUCAGCUUCAUCACUCUCAGUAUUACUACGAAACAUGUCUGAAGCUGGCCGUGGAACAAAAUGACUUGGAAGAAGAGCUUGAGUGUCAGCUCGCUCUUGCACAAAUCACAAAAACAAUGCGAAAUUUUGAAACUUCGCGUCAGCACUUUAACAAAGCGAUUCCAGUCCUCGAAGAAAAACUACUUUCGAAGCACGGAAAAAGCUUAACUUACAGAGAUCCAUUGUUAACAAAACUGGAUCAGUGCUACAAAGACUUGCAAGAAGUGUUGAUUGAAAUGAACUUUGAAGGUGAAGCUCUAGAAAUUGUCGAACAUGUUAGAUCUCGAAUUCUUGUAAAUAUUGUUAGACAUACGAACAUUUUAGCCGAUUGUGUGGCAUCGCCUGGCCGACAAGUCGUCCCCUACUCAGCCGACGAUAUUAUUAACAUUGUUAACAAUCAGAAAUCAUCAGUAUUGUUCUUCUCUGUUAUUCCUUCUGGUUUUCUUGUAUGGAUGCUGUCGCCUGGAAAAGGCAUUGUCAAAUGUCACUGGCAGAAGGAUUGUGACCACUGCACCUUUGCGAACAAAAUCAAGUCGUGCAUUGAGGAACUUCACGGUGGCUGUCAAGAAAGCUACAAUUGUGACCAUCGAGCGUUGCCGGAUGAAGCAACGAAAAAGCAAUUAGAAACAGAAAAUACAGAUAAGACUAAAAAAUCCUGUUACUCAUGUGAGUUUCUUUACUCGUCAAAGCUAACACCCCUUCAGAAGCUUUAUCAUCUUCUUUUAAAUCCUCUUGAGGAAGAACUUAGAACGAUCGGCACUGAUGAACUGGUUGUAAUUCCUGACCAAGAGGUUAAUUCAGUUCCUUUUCCUUGCUUACAAAACCAAGAGGGUCAAUACAUGCAUGAAGUGUUCAGUGUACGGAUUCUGCCUUGCGUCAGGUUGAUUUCUCAGCAACGGAAGACCUCUGAAGAAUCAUCUAAUGACAGCCAAGAUUCUCCCAAAAUUCUGGUGCAGGGCAAUCCAGAAAUCUCUACGGUGGACUUAAAUGGCAAAAUCUGGAGGCCAACAAAGGAGACAGAUUUAGCAGAAGAGGAACUCAACACGAUUGCCUCGCUUUUAGGCGUGGACCCGAUCAGCGGUUACCAAGCAACCAAGGAGCAUCUCCUCAAGAAGUUGCCUGAAGCAUCUGUCGUUCAUUUGGUAACGUACGGAAGUUGGUAUGACGCAUGCGUAGCAAUGUCUCCUGAGCCUCAUCACCCGAGCAACCCUCCACCGGCCGAAUCCUUCUUGGUCACUGUCUCAGAUAUAGCUUUGCUCAAACUCUCGGCAAAGUUGAUAGUGUUGAAUGCUUGUUGUGGGUGUGACCAUCAGUACUGUCAGCUGAAACACGCCAGCUUCCAUUUAGCGAUGGCUUUCCUGGCCGCUGGUGUGCAGUCCGUGGUGAUGCCGUUAUGGUCUGUUCCUCAGGACGCACUUCUAAACCUGUUUUACAAGUUUUAUUCAGGUUUGGAAAUGGUACGUACAUGAAGUGUACUCCGAUAAAUAUUUGUCUCGCAACAGAGCCUUUUCAUCUAGUAUUGUGAAAUUGAGACCAAUGUAAUUAAUCUGGCCAAUAACACCCGAGGCAGUCGAUCCAGUGAACCAAUCAGAUUUCGAGGCAGGCUAGCGCGGGAAACCGCUUGGCGAAAAGACCUUAGAUUUUACUGACUAUCUGGGAGAAAGGCGCGAAAUUCAGUAACCAAUCGCAUAGGACUUGAAAGCACAAGACCAAAAUAAUCACUGAAUUACGCUCGCACUCAGCGGAAGGUCUCUGAUGCAUAAAGUAGAAGGUGUAUUUCCUUUUCAUCUAAAAUGAUAGGCCAAUUCGGUUUACUGUCGUUUCUCCUACGAGUCGUUUCGUCAGCGUCAAGUUGGGUCGGUUCCCUAACUGCUUUCGCCUGAUCAGUAACUGAGAUUCAUCUAAAAUGAUAGGCCAAUUCGGUUUACUGUCGUUUCUCCUACGAGUCGUUUCGUCAGCGUCAAGUUGGGUCGGUUCCCUAACUGCUUUCGCCUGAUCAGUAACUGAGAGAACAAGGUAUGUGCAUGCGUAUCGCUUUUUUUUGUAUCUUGGCUGAGGGAACGAAGCAUGUACAUGCUCGUUUCGCUUCUCAGCGGAACGACAUAAGAUGUUGGCGAACGGGACGUUAGCGAAACGACCGCUCACCGUCAAUUCUUCAGUCAUUUUGAAGGGCCACAUGAUUUUAUGCGUAUAAACCCUGUCAUAACGAUAACCAUUAACAACUAGAAAAGACAAUUGAAACCGUUAAAUGGGCUUAUUUAUGAAGAGUUCAAUGAUUUCAAAUUCCGAAUGCCGCGAGUUUGUAUCAGGGCAAUUUUAAUAGGAAAUCCACAGUUUUAUUGUUAGUCUGUUGUUGUUGCGUACACGAGUUGGCUGACAAGAAGAUGUAGUUGUAGGCCGUAAACAAAUUGAUAUUUCUUAUUAACAGGUAGCUGAAUUUUUAUUUGGGCUGAGAAACGUUGUCUUAGCGACGAAGUGGUGGUGUUUUGUUUUACAGCCAAAAACAUGACGUGCCGCUUUUUCAAUACGUGAGACCUUUAUAAAGGCACUUUAAGGUGUGGUUCUUUUUGUCAGGGUAAAACUGUCAGUGAUUCUCUCAAAGAGGCCUGGACUCAAGUGAAGGAUGUGGAGCACAUGUCGUUCCCAAGCUUCUGGGCUUCCUUUGUUCACGUUGGAUUUGAUACCACAGUCAAUUUGAUGAAGUUACGACAUCAGCUGUUUGAUAAGGAACUGGAUCGAGUGGUGCAGAGUUCUUCACCUGAAAGAUUUCCCCUUGUGACAUCAGAAACACUGGAUAAUAAAGGUUAGUGCUAAACAUGAACGUUUUUUGCAAAACCGUCUUUUUCUAGAGUCAAACACGUUCUUAAGUUGUAUCCGACUUCGGACGAUGUAAUAUGGCUAGGUUCGUUAUCUCGUUGUUUGCUAAGACGAAAAACUUUGCACAAUUCGCAUUGUCUUCGCUUAGGUGUUUAAAUGAAUAUCAAGGACAUAGUAUUUGGUCGGGGGAAACAAAGAGUUAUUGUUCAGAACUGAGGCGCUCUAUUUUCGAGCGUUUUUCAGGCGAGCGAGCACGAUGCGAACGUGAAGCGCGAGACACGCGUGUCGGGGAAGGACGCGGGAAAAUAGCGCCUGUUUUGCUAGCGAGGGUGAAAUAUAAAGGAGAAUGAAUCCUCUUUGUUCCCCUUCUCGCAUUACUCCCAUCGCGCUUGUCUCUAUCUACACGACCGCUUCGUGCUCGCCUGAAAAACGUGCGAAAAAAUAGCGCCUUUUCUGCAGGCUAAUUUCACUCAAGCCAUAACUAUGAGGUUGAUAUUUGGAUGAAUAGUGACUUAGGACGUGUUCUAUUGACCGUAUUCCAAAGUAAGACAAUGUCGAAAAGACUCAGUGGCAUUCAAUGCCGUUCACUAUUGCAUAUUGCAAUACCUAUAAAUCUACUUGAAAUAAAAUACUCGUAUGUAUGUCGAGUUUAAAUGUCCUAAAAUGACGGUAGUAGAGAUUUGUAACCAAAUGUUUGCGUAUUCUUGUUCCUGAAAACGCUCAAGCAAACGCACCCUUACAAAUUAUCAUUAAAAAUAAUUUAAAUAACAUGGUCGAACGUUGCCUCUCUCCUCUCAGUUCCUUCAGUAACGUUCAAGAUGAAACGAUUUCAAGAACUGCUGACUCAGCUGCUGUUACAUCAUGGCUCCUUCCCCCACGUGCUGCCCGCUAUUAGAGACGUGGUAAGGCUCUCACCAUCCUUAGAUAAAUAACCCGGGGCAGACAACUGAUACGGGAUAUUUAACGGGCUUAAUUGCCACCGAUAAAGGUUACGAGAAGGGAGAUUUCCUAGGGACUUACUCAUCCUUGGCCAGUUCUAAAAGCAUUUGAAUGAUUGGUUGGACAAUAUUUGAUAGCCAAUCAGAAAGGGAUUCAAAAGCUCCUGGAAGUUGCUCGGUAAGAAUCGUAAAAUUAUUUUUCCUUUAUCUCUUGGACGUUGUUUUUAUUUUCCCUCUAUGUAAAUGUAAGUAUUGUCAGUAGAAGUGUUGUAACCAAAUAAAUGUUAUUUAAAAAAAAAAAAAGAAUCGUAAAAUUUGACAUAGCGAUUUAACCGGUGAAUAUCCAUGAUUCCAUCUUGGCAAGCUUCCUCUGCAUCUCCCAGGAUGUCCGGUAAUUUUUCUUCAUUGGAAGAGGACGCAUAAUGAAUUUUGGUUUCAAAUGUAAAGAAGAAAGAAAUCAAAUGUAGACAUUUAUGUUUAGAUUUUCAACCAGGAUACGUUCAUAACCUAAAAUGAACCACCUCUGACACUAAAGCGAUCAGAACCUUAAAUUUCUAGUAUUUAGUGCGAAGUUGGGUGUUUAAAUAAGGAAGGAAAAACGAAAUGGAGGUCACAAGAGCAUUGGUUUUCCCUGUUUUCGCCUUUCUCCUCAGCAUUUUUUAUUUUUAUUUCGUUCGUUCUUCCUUUUAUUUAUAACUUUUCAGUCCCGUUCCCAGUCGCCCUCGGUGAUCUCGAAUGUGACGUCACCUGUCUUGCUUGUCGGGAAAAUUCGCUAUCGCACUCGGUUCCAAGCCUCCUCUGGUAACUCGGAUAGCGCGAACUGGCCUGGGUACGAGGCUGAUAACUUUCCUUUACUUUGUAUGCGGACUGGCUAUAGUAAAAGAAAGGCCUAUGAAGUGAACGACAACACCGUUUAUACCAAACCGAAAAGUGACACAUGAAGUUAAGGGGGCGCCUUCCCUUCAAAGUUUCGCCUCCUAAAAUCAGUCCUUUUUACUUCAUUUGAUAAAGGUGCAGCUGGCUCAUCAAAUGCUAUUAUCCUACCAACAUCCUGAGCUCCUUUUAACCGAGAGCUUUACCAUGUGUGCUCAGCUGAGUUCCUCUGCGCUGGAGGCCCCUGACGCCAAUGAGUUCUUGGGCUUCCUUGGAUUUGACUUUCAAAAAGACGGUGCGCGUGACAAAGAUCCGUUUGUUGUUUUUCCGCACUGGGACCCUGACGGAUUUCUGGCGAUGUCUUCGCAAGUGUUACAGGCCGUUUGCGGUAAGAUAGAGCGGGAUGGGUUAGUUAUACGUUAGGAGUUCAAUUCUGGAACUCGGUUGAACAUCGCAUUGUUUCCUUACACACGAUAGACAGUUCCCCCCGCCCUAGUGUAUCAAUGGAUACCGCAAACGUAGUGCUGGGGGAAAACCAGUGACGGACUGGCAUCCCGUGCAGGUUGAAGGAGGAGGGUGUAGCAAUUCCCCUACGUUCUUGAUUUAGCACUAACUUGGCUAUCUUAAGAUUCGUGAGUACCCUGUGACGCGAUUGCUUCUUUUCUCAUUUUUUACAAGCCUUGUAAUAUAAUAGGGUAAAGGUCAGAAAACUGGAAAUUGUUUGAUCUCUGGGAUUUUCGGUGGCUUUAAUGAUCUAGCCACCCAAAAAGAGCGGAAUUCGCCAUUUGUACAUCUCACAUAAUCCCUUUUUUGCCCCCCCCCCCAGAAAAAUAAUUGCAUAAGGGACGACUGUAAUACCCAGGAGAUAUUAAAAACAAAAAAUAUGCAAAAUUUUAAGGGGGCAAACAGGUCAUUUUAUGGGAGAUGUGCAAAUGGCGAAUGCCACGCAGGCUACUGAACGCAAGGUAAAGAACGGUCAAGAAAUUCUUAGAAAUCAGCUAAUAAUCUAGUUUACCUCCUGCUUCUACAGUUUUUGUCGUAACGCCCUUGUGGUUGUGCCAAAAUUUCCUUGCAGAUAUUUUAAAGGUGUCGUCAAGUGGAGGUUACACCUUAGCUAAGGUGUUACGGACGUUAAAGAAAAACACAAUGGAAAAACUUAGAGAAUUUGUAAGUGCAUCCCUUACAUUUGUGUUUAUUCCUGACAAGAUAUUUCCACUUUCCAGCUGAAAGCUACUCUCUCUGAUUUUCUCUUUACAGGAUGUUUUUUGAUAAUAUAUUUCUCUGACUACCUUGCGGCAGGAACCUUAUUGAAGCUAAUUAUAAUCACCUGACUUUUACACCGCCUAUCGUUUUCUCUCAGUUGUUGUUUUCUCGAGAGCCAAUGUUAUAAAGGCAAAUAAAACCCUUCUUUGAUGAUUUCCUCCCUACCGUUUUUCCCGUUGAUGACCCCGUUCUAUUGUGUGUUUUCACAUGACGUCAUGGCGGCCAUAUUUGUGUCCCAAAACAAUGAAACGGCGGCCAUGUUUUGUGUCCCAAACCAGUCCUGUGGGAGUUGAACUCUUUCCUCAUGUAAACGCUUUCUUUUGUUCCAAUAAAUUUGCAUAGAUGCUGGCUACGUGAGUGAAAACACAGAAUUGGUAUCUCUUUACCAGUUUAGUAGCGGUAUUUUUUUUUCUAUGAAUGGAGGUGCCUCUCUUGUGCUAGCUUGAAAAAAACAGCCUACAUUUCACGACGCCAUCACUGGUUUCCUCACGAAAUGAGGUCUCAGGAACGACUGAUGACAUAUCACUACCCAGAUCUGGGUGGUGCUUCUGAUUGGUCGUCGGUGCCGCGUGGAAAAUUCGCUUCAACCAAUCAGAAGCACCCCGGGUAGUAACCUGUCAUCAGUAUGGAAUUUCUGCGUUCGUUUCUCAGACGUCUUUUUGCGAGGAAUAAAUGCUGGCGUCGCGAAAUGUCGGCUGUUUCUAUGGUUCCUCUCACGCAUUUCUUGCCUCAUUUUUUAGUUGAGCCUCAGUUGUCGUUAUCCCGAGAGAAUAAUGAGGACGAGCGAUUUUGUUCUGCGUUCACUGUGGUUUAACCCUGAGCUUCAGCGCUAUCUCACAUCACUUGGUUUCUAUGAAGUUGGUCAGUCACUACUAUUUAACAAGACCGAGGCAAAUCAGAUCUUGCUUAAAUCCAGUCUCCUGAUAAUCUCAACUAUGCUUGGUGAGUAGACUCAAAAUAGCUUUUGACCGGUAGGGUCCUCUCCUACUUAGCCCGCGAACACAGAGGUAUUUCCGGUCGUCGCUUUCUCUUCACCCGAAAAAGAGAGGAGCGACGACUGGAUAUACGUCUACGCUCGCAGCUAUGUCCUACUCGUCGCUACUCGUAGGAGUACACCCUGGAAACGGGGAUGUAAAACCCCUACAUCUUUAUUCUUAAAUUUUUGUUUUUUUUCUUUCUUUUAGACUACAUCGAAAGGGGAAAAUUACGGACGUUGUCUUCGUCUCGCGAGGUAAUAAGAGCUGUUUUCAGUCCUUUUAGCAGCCUAAAGAGAUGCGCUUAGGAGAGCCUUAAGUCACUUCUGAGUCUACCGCUUCGCUUCUCUCUCACUUUCGUUUAUUUGCAUUUACAAGUGUAUGCUGUAUGCAUGUACGCAUGUACUAUUUCUUUUACAUAAAGCAUGGAAAGGAGUUUUUGGCUUUAAAAUGAGGUUGUUAAUAUGUGGGCAUCACAUACCGGAGCCAGGAGCCGAUUACUGAUGGUCGGGUGAUCUCCUAACACAUAGACCUAAUGGGUGCCCAUUAAUUUGUUAUUUUAUAUGUAUGACAAUUAGCCUUUCUGUCCUCAUUAGCAUGUGCGAAAUACAAAAGUCCAGAAAGGCUCAUUAUAUACAUAAGAAAGAACAAAUAAAUGGGCCUCUAUUAUGAAAGAGGUCCAUGGUAUAAUUACCUUUUUAUUUUGUCAUAAAGGCGAUCAUUCCAAAUCUCCAUAAUCCUCGCAACUUUAAUCGCUCUUUGAACCAUACUCACUAACCUCAUCAACAAUCCGUGUUGGGCUCUAAUGGUAGAGUUAAAAGUGUUAUCUAUUAGCAGCUUAGUAGAUCUGUGUUUUAUUUUGCAGAGUCGAUCAACGGAUAGACGUUCUACAAAACUGACCUCCCUCUCACCUCAGCUCACGCCGUCCAAACAAGUAAGUAUUUUGCCUAUUUUUUCUUCUUACUUAAUCCAGUUCUUCAUUCUAAAUUUAUGGACAAUAUUCAGUCAGUCGCUUUAGCCCCGCUUCCGAAGAAUGACAGUUUUUUUGUCGCUUCAAUGCAUUGAAAUCAAAUUUUCUGAGAGCUUAGGUUCAAAUAGCUUGGCAAUCGGUGUGGUAUUUUUUCCAGCGUUAAAGGCUUGGCUAUCUUGAAGUAUAGUUUCUCGCUCUGUUUUCUGUCUGGAGCGAAUUUAUUUUUGUUGUUGUUGUUGUUGUAGAUCGUAAUGAAGAUCCCCUGGAUGUCCAGAAGAGCUGAUAACAAUGAGGACGAACUGAAAAUGGCACUUGCUAGAGAGUGAGUUUAAACUUAGUCCCGUGUGUCAUGAGUAAAAGCCAUUCGAGCGACUUUAGUCCAUUUACAAGCAAUUAGGUUCACAGUGUGACAAAAACGAAUUUAGGCUACUUCACAGACGAAACUGCUGUCUAAGUUUGUUUGAAAGCCAGCGUCAAAAUCAUUGUUCCACGAUUUGAAUACGCACCAUGAUCAGCCUGUUCAAAACUCCAUUCAUUCGUUCAUUCAUUCAUUUUUAUUGGUUAAUCCAAAUUUAUAAUUUUAUUUUCUCACUGCUCACAAAUAGCAAAGGCUAGUUUAGGUGGGCAGUGUCUAUAUAAAAAAAAAAACAAAAUACGCACUCCAAAUAGUAUUCAGUUCUAUUUAAUUGCAUUCCAUUGUUCGAUUAGCCAAUCAAGUUAAAAGGAAAUUGGAAUGUCGGGGUUAGAUUACGUCUGCGACGAAGUUAGCUAACCGAGUUGUGGUACUUUCAAAAACGUAAAAAAGUGAUUUUAAAAGCCAAUUUUUAUGUCAGUUUAGGGUAUUGAAGCUAAUAGACCCUUGGUCUAUAAAAAAAGAAGUUGCUAUAUAAUAAAAAUUGUUUUACAGAUUAGAGGGAAUCAAUAAGGAAUUCGCUGGUCACGUGACAAGAUCAAAUUAUUGGCAUGCUGAGCUGCUUCGAGCCCAGGUACGUAUCCUUUGCAAUAUUAAAACAAUAUUUAAGCACCGUCACUAUUUUCUUGCGUUCCUGCGUAUGAAUUAACUCCUCACUAGAGAAACAUGGGGAGUUCACCCUCCCCCCCCCCCCCCCCCCCCCCCCCCCCCCCCCCCCCCCCCCCCCCCCCCCUCCCCCCGCGGUGCGAGGGAAAACGCCUGGUUUCCUCUUUUUUUCUCUUUCUCCUCUCUCCCACUUUAUUGGUUGUAUAGGAAAAUAAAAAAAUAGUUUUGUUUUUGUCGUUGAAAAGUUAAGCCCCGUCCCUAUUUUCUCUGGUUCCCGCGUAUGCAAUUACCCCCCCCCUGAGAAAAGUGGGGAGGUCCCCCCCCCCCCCCCCCCCCCUUCCCUCCCAUUCAAGCGUCGUCAAGGUCUGGCUUAUCCGCUGGAGUUGGAAGGGAACAAUCUUGUUUCCCAUUUUUAUCGAGUUGCCCAUCUAGGGCUGUUGAGAUUUGAAUGACUAAAUGACAAUAAUGGCUUUGGUUUACUCUGGAAAAGAACUUGGCUUUCUAGAAUACUAGCACUAGAUAAGCGCUAAGCUAUCCAAGAAAUUGCGGUGAUUUUAAACUAGUUUCUCUCCUUUUGAAUACUACAGUCUGCACCCGGUACAAAACUUCCGAUAAUUAGUGGCAAAAAUCCGAACAAGUCACCCGAGAAAGCGCGCCCCGACGAAAAAAAGGCGGGAAAGGUCAAAGUACAGGGUGGCAUGACAGCAUCUUGUAACCGAAGGCCUGUGGAGGAGGAGCCAAGGCUGUCAAUCAACGACACUAGGGAGAGGCGAAAUGAGAUUUACAGAAUUUAUGCUCAGCGGUUUGACGAUAUUGCCAUGCACAAGAGAUACAAAGUUCGACAGUUGUUUAUGUCGCAGAUUAGUGAUAGCACGUAAAACCUGUAAACUCUUUUAGAAAAAAUGUUUGAUUUCGAAAAGAAUUUCGAAUGUGAAUCCAAAACGGUUAGCUGUAAUCAAAGUUACAUAUUAAUGUAUUAUUCCGACUUAUUCCAUCAAGCUUAGUUGGUGUCUGAAAAACUGUAUAAUGUAGUACGUUUCCUUUCAUCGGUUUUAGACAUCGAAUCUGUUUGUCCUGUUCUCCCGAACCUCAGGUAUCAUGCGUAGACUGCAUUAAAGUUCUUUUGAGCACGCGAGGGGUCGUUUGGGACACAAGUUUUAUUUAUACCCGUUCUAAGUCUGCGUUUGAUCCCAUUUUUCAUUCACUGGAAAAUAGACCAUGAAUUGAACGUCAUAAUUUAUUGAUGAACUCCACAAAGUUACACCAUACUUUAUUUUUGAAUGGAAAAAUAACCUGAACAUAUAAGCCAUAGACUAACUAAGCAUGAAAAAUUUUGUCGACUGUCCUAAACUGCAUUUAAGCUAAAUAUAUAGAUAGAAAGGUUCUUGAGUAUAUUGAGUAU